GUGUGCAGUAAACAGAUCGUUACCAGCACAAUUCUCUUCUGUAAACAUCUCUAGGAAAUAAUAUAGGUAAAUUCUUGUUUUUCGCUUUAAAUAAGUAUAUUGCAGUGGUGACGUGAUGUAUUUUUUCCAUUUUCGGCGAGUUUGCUGUUUUGGGUGACGACUCCUGCAAAAGUGGUCUCGACAAAGGCUUGGUAGGGGAAUGAGAAUCACAGGGAGCAGCGAAAAAGUAGGCUAUACUUACCGUGGACAUUGAGCUUUCCAUUCGGGAGAAGGCUAACUAUGCUGCCAGGAUGAGCAGUGGGUGCAGAGGAGCAAUGAACGGAUUCGUUUAAACUAUGUUCUGGGAAUGGCGCUGGGUCUCAAUGUACCAAGCACAUGAAGAACGGGGAGUGAUUGGCAAGCUCUUAAGUAUUUAAUGUAUUCUCGGGUACGGAAAAAAUCCUGUUUGAUAAGGUCCCUGGAGCCAAAUGUCACAACUUCUGGAAGCAGCUUGGGCUGUGGCCCAUGAGCACUUGACAGCAGGCUGAGAGGUGGCCAGUAUCUCUAGGUGCCCCAGUGCACUCUUAGUAACACCCUGCUUGGGCCCUGUAAUGAGCAAGAAGAGUUCUGGAAUGAUCUGAUAUUUCAGCUUAGAUGGCUUAAUUGAAAGAGCCCAUGCACUCUAAUAACCUUACCAGACAAGGACUACAAAGGAUCAAGGAUUACUUUAUACAUUUCUGGUUUAUCUGCAAACUGAGCAUAACCAUUGCAAAAUACCAUUUUAGAGGACUUUUUGUGCUGGCUUGGCUAAGUUUCCUUUUUACUCCCUCAGAACUGUGGUUUUGUCUGUUUUUGUCAUUUCUUACCCCUCCAUUUCUUUUUCAUUAUGGAGUUUCAAGCUGGAUUUUGGAAGAAUUAUUGGACUUCAUUUUUUCGGUUCUGGUUAACAGUGUUGUUAAGUUUGCAUAUGCAGCUCACCCCUGUCUACUCCUGUCCUGAAGAGUGCCGUUGUGAAAAAACAUUUGUUUACUGUAAUGAGAGAAGCCUCACAUCUGUGCCUCUGGGGGUGCAAAAGGGAUCUAAGACCCUCUUCCUCCACAACAAUCAGAUCAACAAUGCCGGCUUUCCGUUGGACCUACACAAUGUUGCUUCUGUAGAGACUGUUUACCUAUAUGGAAACCAGCUGGAUGAAUUUCCCCUCAACCUUCCCAUGCAUGUUCGAGUGCUUCACCUCCAGGAAAACAACAUCCAGACUAUUUCCAGGGGAGCACUAGCUCAGCUAGCCAUGCUGGAGGAACUCCACCUGGAUGACAACUCGAUCUCUUCUGUAGGAGUAGAAGAGGGGGCAUUUAGGGAGGCUGUCAGCCUCAAGCUUCUUUUCCUCACUAAAAACCAUUUGAGCAGCAUACCUAUCGGAUUACCAGCAGAUCUGAAGGAGCUGCGAUUGGAUGAGAAUCGCAUCGCUGACAUCAAUGAGGACGCCUUUCAGAAUGUCACCACACUACAACGACUGUUGCUGGAUGGAAACCUACUGGAAGAUAGGGACAUUGCUCCUGGGACAUUCCAGGAUCUUGUGAACCUCAAAGAGCUCUCAUUGGCACGCAAUGCACUCACCACUCCACCACCACUGCUCCCCGGUACAUCCCUGACUAAACUCAAUCUGCAAGAAAAUCAGAUUGACAGUAUUAAUGUGGCUGCCUUCUCUGAUCUUAAAAAACUGGAAAGGUUAGAUAUCUCCAGCAACCAACUUCAGUUUCUUCCACCAGGUGUCUUUGAUGGCUUGAGAAACCUGAGAUACCUUAAUGCGAGAAACAACCUCUGGCGCUGUGAUUGCAGCAUUAAGUGGGUCAUUGCUUGGCUUAGGUCUCUGCCAUCUUUGGUAAAUGUCCGUGGAUUUACAUGCCAAAGUCCAGAGAGGGUUCGUGGCACGGUAAUCCGAGAACUGACCUUAGAUGCCAUUGAUUGCCCAGCGGGCACAGUGCUGCAUCCCUGGCCCACCCAUUCAUAUCCAUCUACAUUAUCACCCCGCAAGACCUCCAUUAUCUCCACUCCUGGAUCUGCUCACAUCACUACCAUUUCAUCCCCUGCUUUUAACCCCACCUCAGCCAACCCAACAACCCCAGUACCACAGUUCCCUCUUUUGCCCCUACCUCCCUAUGAGGACCCAUUAAAAAUGUCCUUUCAUGUUGUUAACUCUACCUGCAUUGACAUGAGCUGGGAAUCCUACUUUACUGUGACAGCUUACAAAGUGAGAUGGGUGAAGAUGGGGAAGAGCUUAAUGAGUGACAUCACUCGAGAAAGAACAGUCCCGGGAAACCAGCGCCAGCUAAGCCUAACAAAUCUAGAGCCACUUUCUCUCUAUCGGAUUUGCGUGUAUGUUCUUGAUAAUCUUAACACUUAUAGGCCAGGGGAGGAUACUAUCUGUUCUGAGGCAAAGACCAAAUCCUUAUCUACAUAUUCUGAAUCUGAGCAGGCUGCUCAGCAAGACAACACCUCCACACUUUUAUUGGCCGGAGUAAUAGGUGGAGCAGUUUUGGUGGUCUUAGUGACACUUCUGAGCCUUAUUUGCUGGCACAUGCACAAAAAAAACAGGUCAUUAUCAUCAACCAAUUGGAAGUACAAUCGUGGCAGGAGAAAAGAUGACUACUGUGAGGCCGGCACCAAAAUGGAUAGCUCCAUUCUGGAAAUGACUGAAACAAGCUUUCAGAUAGUGUCUUUAAAGAAUGAGCAGCUUUUAAAAGAGGACUUCGGAAUUAAUCACAUUUACUCUCCUAAUGGAGGAAUUGGCCCCAGAGACUGUCACAUUAGUAACAACAGAAUAGGUUACUGCAAGAGCAGCAGUGUUCCCAGUGUGGACUUCUGCCGCACAUGAUGCUUUUAAAUGGGUGCUACACAAUUUGUUGGAGGAAAAUGCAAUUGUUAUGUAUAUACUGUACAAUAUACUUAUACAUAUAUAUUUUUAUUCUUAGUAAAUGUGAAAUGGUUUUAUAAAAUGGAGGCUGAAAGUGGUUUGGUUCAAAGAUGCUGUAGUUAUCUUUUUUUUUGUAUAAUCAGAGUUUGUAGGCUACCUGGUAUAAGUCCUGCUUCUUGACCACUUUUAGAUAAUUAAACCGUUAUUAACCACAGUAUAUCCCUUUUUUCUGCUGAAAAACACCUUCCCCUUCACCCAACCGUACUUAAAAAAAACACAGUGGUCAGGAAACAACACUGUGUUUGUGGGCUUUUUUGCAAAUGGAAGCCACUUUCUAAAAACGGGGGAAAGAAGGAGCAAUCAUUCAGGAAAUUAGCUUUUGUGGAAAUCACAUUGAAGUGAAAAGCACCACCCACUAUUCAUCACCUUGAAAUUCACUCAGUAAGAGGAGAACAGCAGUUAACAUGGUGUGGGGAUAUGAAGCAUAAUCAGCCAUGUCUCUCAUUUAUCCACAAGGGGACAGCUUGUUUUGGUGUACACAGAGAUUAGUGUGUUUUUUUUGUAAUGCAACAGUGAUAAAAUGACAACUUUAUGAUUAUUUACCUUUUGUACACAGUAAUUAGCAAUUACAUUUUCUGUAAAUUAUAAAUUAGGCCAUGACAUGUACUAUUUCGAAUUUGGGAAUUUUUGUCCAGAAUCAUUUAUUACCCAGAAACUUGGUGUUUCCAUACUUACACCAGUGUGGGUUCAUUACACAUAGAUCACAUCGAAUCACUCAUGCUUUCAAAUGAAUGUUAUCAUAUCCAUUCAUCAGUAACAUAAUGGAAAUCCACACAAUUAUCUAGCUUUUGCUUUACUUAUCAAGACCCAUUUUUAAUAAUCCAUCAAUCAGUUCCUUGUAUGAGUGCAAUUAGGACAAUUUUUUAGGACAAUGGUCAACCAGAUAUCCAGGACAGAGAGCCAAGUUUGGAAUCAAGACUUGCUGUGUAUAGGGUUUUUUAUGCACUGUUACUCAAAUACUUUACUUGCAUUGACAAGAUUUUAUUUUGUGGGCUAAAUUUAUACCCUCGCCGCAUAAUCCCUGGCCCAUGAAAGAGAGAAAAUAUGCAGUUUUUUUGCCUGGCAGGACGAUGUAAGAUGGGGUAGGGGUUUGUAGUAAGGUGGAAGUUCUUAUUGAUGGAGUUAACCCUUCAUUGCCCUCCAGUUUGGCACAAAGGUCAGACUAGAUCACUGAACAGCCCAUAGUGGUUGCAGAAAAACAGUGAAAAAAAGCAGCAAUGACUGACAAUUCCUUCAAAAACAUGUUUUUUUAUUGUUGUCUGUCAGAAUAGGAAUGGCAAAAAAUAUGAUAUUAUUUCCUAUAGAAUCAUAGUUGAAUAUGCUAUUUUAAGAUAAACAAGUCAUUAAAAAAAGUGUUAACAAACUGAUAAUUAGUCUAUAUUCAUUUAUAUCCAAACUGCUCCUGCCAUUACCUAAAAACAAACAUUUAUUUUCAAUGACUAGUAUUGUCUACAUUUGAGGAAUACUUUGGUGACCUUGACCUUGCACAGACUGUAAACACACAUGUUUUUUCAGUAGCACAAACAAAAUGCUGUAAAAGGGGCUUCUACACAUUCGUGGUCAAGAAAGUAUUUAUCCUCUGCAUCCAGCAGGCUGUUCCAACCAUGUGUCUCUGAUUCGGUUAGAAUCUGGAACAACCUUAAGAUGCAUUUUUCGUUAAAAGGCUUUAACUGAUGUGUACCACAUAAAGAAUUGUUUCACUGAAGUCCAGUGCGAUUGUCAGGGCUCAGGUUCCCUGAGAGUUGUUUGUGGUUGAGGAGACCCAAAAUUUAACCAUUACUGAGACAAAUGUGCAAGUAAAUGUAGUCUAAGCAUUGAGGGACAUUGUCGUUACAUUUUUCCUGCUACAUAAGACCUCAAUGUUAGUUUGGAAGUUGUUAUAGCUGGAUUAUUACCAAAACCUGAAAAUAUUUAAUAUUAAACAUUAGCAGGUUUAUUUAUUGCCUUAAAGAUAUGAAGAAGUAGGUCUUAAUGUAAUAAUUUAUGUAAACUAAUUCUUAAUCUAAGGAAUUCGAUAUUGUUUAAAGCAGAGAUCUUUAGGUUGUGAGCAGU